AUGUCAGUCGAGGAGAUACAGGACAAGAACGGCAACGAUAUCACUGAAGGUGACUUCGUCUACACCAAGUACAGAGGCGGGUCACAUGAGGGCAAGGUCGAAAUGAUCGUCAAAGAUCAAGCUAGUGCCCAACAAGAAGGUGUGGCCAGCUACCCUAAGGCAAGUCCUCAGCGAGACCAGUUCCCACGUCGUGGCUAA